GUUUGUUUGUCUCUAAUGGUAGGUGUGUGUAGUAUGACUCUUAAGUAUUCAAGAGAUGACAUAGCCAAUAAGACAGAAAAAAACAUGGAAGUUUCAAUCUGCUAUGAAAGAUCAAUCUAUAUAAAUUUUCAUACCAAAGGCAAAAGGCACAAAGGCAACAAGGUUGAUCAAAAUUUGUGCUAUUGAUAAUUAUGUCUCAUCCAACAACUUCAAAGUAUGAUGUGUUCCUCAGCUUCAGAGGAGAGGACACUCGUGAAAACUUCACUAGUCAUCUUUACAAAGAGUUGUAUAGAAAAAAUAUUGAAACAUUCAUAGACUAUAAGCUUGGCAGGGGAGAAGAGAUUUCUCCAGCACUGCUGAAAGCAAUAGAAGAAUCAGAUAUUUAUGUGGUCAUUUUGUCGGAACAUUAUGCUUCUUCCACUUGGUGUUUGGAAGAACUCACAAUGAUACUUGAAUGUAGGAAGAAAUAUGGUAGGGAAAUUAUACCUGUUUUCUAUAAGGUGGAUCCAUCAGAUGUUAGGCAUCAGAGAAAGAGUUAUGCAGACGAUUUUGCUAAACAUGAAAAACAACCUGCUGACAAAGUUGAGGCAUGGCGGACUGCUCUAAGAAAAAUUGCUGAUCUUUCUGGCAUGCAUUCCAAAAACUUCAGGUUGAGCAUGGUCAACUUGUUGCAUCCGGUUGCAACUGUUGUUAUGGGCUCUGGGGGGGAGAGGCUGUUUCCAGCAGGGUUCGAACCCAUGACCCCAGGGUCGCAAUAGAACAAUCUUACCGUUGAACCAAGGCUGUUUCCUAUUAGUAUGCAUAUGCAAUAAAAAAUAGAAUGAAGAAAAAAGGCUCACUAUGUUGUCUACAAUUUUGUUGAAUCAUAAACAUCUAGUAACAUUAAUGUUCUCCGGUAUUUUCAUACAAAAAUUCGGGGAAGAUCGAUAGUCUUACGAUGUAUAUAAGAAACAACUCAGCUGCAUAAUCAAUGUUUGCGAGAAAGAUUUGUUUGUUGCUAAGCCGCUCCACUUGUUUGAAGUAGUGAUCAAUAUGAUAAAUUUGAGAUUCUUCAAACCAGGCCCGGCCUUGUGCCUUUAUUUAUAGCUAUCUUAGCUAUUUAACAUAUCACGAACUCAAAUAGCAAACCGACUAUUCUUUAAUAAUUAUGUACCGCGUAACCGAAUUCAUAUCAUGUACCGAAACAAAUCACGAACCGUGUGACUAUGGAUUAUAGCAUUAAAUGUACCUUUUCUACGCAACUUCCUCCUCCCGCCCUAACAACUUUGGUAUAUCGAUGCUUCAGCAUCCUUGUCUGCUAGCCGUGCCUUUACUAUGUUAAAGGAAAUUGACAUUUCAUCACAGCAGUAGUUAAGAUUUAAGAACUCUUCAAUAGAAUCAGGUUUGAUGUUUGAAAAUGUUCAUAGACGAUAUGCUAUGAACUUAGUUUCCACUAGCACGCAUUUUUCUUCAAAAUCAAAUCACAAGGCAUGUCAUGAUGAAUCUGUGUUAACUGAUAAUUUCUAAAAUUGGUUUUUAUUUAGCAGCCCAAAUAUUAUUUCACAUUAGUUUUUCCUUUCUACUUUUUUCUCUAGUGGUGGUGAAAAUGGCAUUUGCAAAAAUGUAUAUGUGUAAGACCACUUACUAUGGGGUGUUAAAUAAUUUUUUCAAUAGUUGAAUGCUUGCAAUAUAUGUUGAAUGGAAUGUUGAAUAUGAUGUGGAUUAAUUGGUGUUGAAUAUAUUCAACAUGUUGAAUGAGAAGAAAGUGAGACCACAUCAUAUAUUUUGUAAAAUUUUAUUGGU